AUGGCAAUUGACUGGAAGCAAUGGCCUUUGCUUUAUCCGUAUUUUCAACGAAUAAGCCAAAAGCGAAAAGGUGGCCAAAUUCGAUUCACAAACGAACAAACUGAUACUUUAGAAAAAAAAUUCAGCAAUCAUAAAUAUCUUUCAUCGAAUGAAAGAAAAAAGCUCGCGAAAAAUCUUCAAUUAUCAGAGAGACAAGUGAAAACUUGGUUUCAAAAUCGACGCGCAAAAUGGCGACGUAUUCGAAAAGAUGGUGACGACGAUGAUAUAUUCCAAUUAUCGCCAUCGUCUGCCCAAUAUCAUUAUGAAAAAUUUAGCCAACAAUACCAAAAAAUCUAUCGGUCGAAUUUCGGCUUCAAUUUAUAA